AUGUCUCGCCGUGGUAUUCAGGUGCUAGGGCUCGCUGCCGCUGGUGGUGUCGGCUACUAUUUGUAUAAUGCCGGUGGAGACCCGAAACUAGCCCAGAAGCAAGCCGAGGCCGAUGCAUCGAAAGCCUCAGCAAAAAUCAAGUCCGAGGUUCCAGGCCGGGGAAAGGAGGCAGAGAAGCGGGCAGAGUCUCUAGCGCAAGAGGCGUCGACCAAAUUCGAUCGGGCGAGCGCUGAUGCCAAAUCGGCGCUAAAGGACGCAGAGGCAAGAGCAAAGGAGUACAAGGACAAGACUGGCAAGGAGAUCAAUGCCGCGGUCGACAAGUUUGAUGCCACCGUCGAGAAGAAGGCGGCCGAAGCCAAGAGCGGGAUUAGCAGUUGGUUUGGAGGUUCCAAGUAG